AUGAGCGGCAGACUAGCAUCAGAUUACUCGGCGUGGAAGCAGCUGCAGCAGCUAUAUGACACCCAGCACUCCAAACUCGUCCUGAAGGAGCUCUUUGCGCAGGACCCCUCGCGUUUUUCCAAGUUCAGCAGAGAAUAUGUCUCGCCCGAUGAUCCCUCCGUGACGUUUCUCCUCGACUACUCCAAGAACCUCAUCACCCAGCCCAUCCUCAACACGCUCCUCUCCCUCGCCCGGGAGGCGCAGGUGGAGACGUUCCGUGACAAGAUGUUCGCCGGCGAGCAUAUCAACACGUCUGAGGACCGUGCCGUGCUUCACGUCGCGCUGCGUAACUUCGACGAGUUCAAGAUCAGUGAGGCGGGCGUAGACGAGGUCUCGGGCGUGCUCGCACACAUCAAGGAAUUUACCGAGGCCGUCCGCAGCGGUGCGUGGAAGGGCUAUACAGGCAAGCCAAUCAACACCAUCGUGAACAUUGGCAUCGGUGGCUCGGACCUUGGCCCCGUCAUGGUGACGGAGGCGCUCAAGGCAUAUUCGAAGCGCGACCUGACGGCGCACUUCGUGUCGAACAUCGAUGGGACGCACCUCGCUGAGACGCUGCGCGUCUGCAACCCUGAGACGACACUGUUCAUUAUUGCGAGCAAGACAUUCACCACGCAAGAGACGAUCACGAACGCGACGAGCGCGCGCGACUGGUUCCUCGGCACUGCCAAAGACAAGGCGCACGUUGCGAAGCACUUCGUUGCGCUCAGUACUAACACCAAAGCCGUCACUGCGUUCGGCAUCUCCGAGGCGAAUAUGUUCCAGUUCUGGGACUGGGUCGGCGGCCGGUACAGUCUCUGGAGUGCCAUCGGUCUCUCGAUCGCGCUCGUUAUCGGCUACGACAACUUUGAGCAGUUGCUCAAAGGUGCGCAUGGGAUGGACAAGCACUUUAAGACCGCGCCGCUCGAGCAGAACCUCCCCGUGCUGUUAGCGGUGAUCGGCAUCUGGUACAACGACUUCUACGGCUCGCAGACGCACGCCCUCCUGCCCUACGACCAGUACUUGCACAAGUUCGCGGACUACUUCCAGCAGGGUGACAUGGAGUCGAAUGGCAAAUUCGUGACUAAAGGCGGCCAACGGGUCAACUACCAGACGGGUCCGAUCAUUUGGGGAGCCGCUGGCACAAACGGCCAGCACUCGUUCUACCAGCUCGUACACCAAGGUACGAAACUCAUCCCCGCGGACUUCCUCGCCCCCGCCACGACGCACAACCCGAUCGCGAACUCGUUACAUCACCGCAUCCUGCUGAGUAACUUCUUCGCGCAGCCAGAGGCACUCGCCUUCGGCAAGACCGAGACGGAGGUUCGCAAGGAGCUCGGCCCGAAUGCGUCCGAGCCACUUGUGAAGUCGAAGGUGUUCGAGGGCAAUAGGCCGAGCAACAGCAUCAUCUUCCCGCUGCUGACCCCGUCGACGCUUGGUGCACUGAUCGCGCUCUAUGAGCACAAGAUCUUCACGCAGGGUGUGAUCUGGGGGAUCAACUCUUUCGAUCAAAUGGGUGUUGAGCUAGGCAAGGUACUCGCGAAGAACAUCCUUGCACAGCUCGAGAAGCCGGAUGAUGUCAAGGGCCACGACAGCUCCACGACCGGUGUCAUCCACUACUACCAGAAGCACAGGAAGGAGUGA